UAAAAGAAAUACAAAUAUUUCUUUGUAAAGUGUAAUUGUUUGACAGUAUGAGUGCAAAAACAAUGCAAUGGUAGUUAUGUGCAGUAGGAGUAAUGUUCUGAUUCACUUAUUUCUACCACAUGUCUCUAGAACAACUCCUUGUUACAAGUGUCCGCCGCCCUCAGCAGGAACGUGGAGACCAUCUCCCUCGGCAGGCAUCUCCACGCUGGGCAACUCAAGCGUGGGCUUCAGUACGGGCCAGCUGAGCACGGCCAACCCCUCGGUCAUCGUCUCAUCGCUGUCCGUGGUCAGCACCGUGGUGGGCUGGAACCAGGGGCAGGCCAUGACGCUCAUCCAGAAGCUCCUCAGCUCCGGCAGAUUCAAGAUCACAAACAGUAAAGAUCUCUGGAGUCUAGGCACCCUCAUCACAGGUGUUCCCUCGGCGACCAUCAACAGCAUCAGCGCAUCAGAGAUCCUCACUGCCACACAGUCCCCAACACUGGUCAACAACCUCAUGACCGCACCCACCAUCAUCCAGCAGACAUUCGUCUCCAAAAUCAUCUCUGUCAGCUCAACGAGCAGUUCCAUCAUAACCAACGUGCCCAAUGCCUUGGCAACACAAAUCCCAAGGAACUUCCUGCAGGACUUUACCCAGACGACAGAGGUGGUCACGACACUGAACCAGAAGACCUGGACACAGAGCCAGUCUGUUCUCAUCUUUGAUACUGUUGCGACUGCCGUGGAAAAUGCAAAUGACAUCUCGUUCCAAGUGCUGCAGGGCUUCACCUGUACCCGUGUGCAGACCCUCACCAAGGUCAAGAUCAAGAGCCUCAUUAGAGGCUGCAGGAGGCGCAAUAAGCUCAAGCUCAAACUCCAGCAGACACAGUUGACUUGCAUGUACUACCAACUGAGAGGUGAAUCGGAUGCCGCAGACUAUUCUCUCUACCCUGCAGAUAUGCUGCUGUACUACGAUUAUUCCACUGUGAAAAACUGUAAGAACUACUUCACUGAACUGGGCUUUGCGGACUUCACUGUUCUCACCGGUGCCUAUGAAUCCUACCAGACAACGCUUGUCAACAAUGCCAAAACCUGUCUGGGCAUCACCGGGUUUAACAUCAGUGCAGCGAACAUCAACAUCCUCGGCAACAUGGUGUGCCUGCUGACUGGUUCCUACGUGGAGAACUCUGACCCCUCCAUCCUGGAGAAGCUGAAGAACUGCGACGACCUGUCCACUUCCCAGGUCACUGGCAUGGAGACACUUCUCCUUUCGGGCAAGACUAAAUACGGUGUUCCAUCAACAUGGACACGGGAGACUCCUUGGGAUCUGGACCCUCUGCCUCUGUACUUCACGUCCAAUCUGUGGAAGGAGAUGAACAGGAGGGAGGCCCGCAGAUUCAUAAAGACUUUCAUCAAACAGCUGAGACGCCAAGGUGUUCCCAGGAGAAAGAUCCAAUACAUAAAGAGAGAAUUCCAGCAGGCUCAUCGAGCCAAACGUGACACAGCCAUCGAGUGCACUGUUGGAGCCAUCACCCAGAUCCAGAUCAAUGAUGACGCCUUCCCCAUCGACUAUGACGCCACACAGUUCAACGCCUGCUUGAGCCUCACCGUCCUCAAGGACAAUCUGCCAGAGAUCACAGACAAGAUCGAUCAGGACGACUACCGUCAGGUCAUUCUGGAGAAGUUAAAUCAGGCCUACCCAGAUGGCCUCUCAGACGACGUGGUCCAGAUGCUGGGGCCUGUGUCCCGUAGGGCGACCACUGAUGACAUCAGCAAGUGGAACAUCACCAAAAUCGACACUCUGUCCUCUUUGAUGAAGACGUCGGAUGGAGACUGGUCAGAAAAUCAGACCAAAGCCAUCAUGACUAAGUACUUUGCUGCGUCGAACAGCAUUGACAGUUCGGUUCUGAAUUCUCUGGGCGGUUCUGGUGUGUGUUCCCUGGGGAGCGGCGUUCUGGAAACCAUCACCUCCAGCAGCCUGCAGCAAGCAGAUGCGCUGCCCGUCAGCAGCUGUAGCCUGGACAAAAAGAAGGUCCUGUUCCCCAUUGCCCAGGCCGCCUUCAUCAAUCAGACCAGCACCACCAAGAGGUCAACCACCACGGUCACACUCACGCAGUACCAACUCAUCCAGUCCUACCUGGGUGGUGCCACCGAGUCCUUUGUACGAACCCUGGCCUCCUCCAGUGUCAACAUGGAUAUUGACACCUUCCUCGGUCUAGACCAGAGUGUCAUUCAGACCCUCAGCGUGUCGGACGUGAAGAGCCUGCUGGGUGACACCAACGUGAACGAACUGAGAACCUACUCCAGCAACGCCAUCGUCCAGGACUGGAUCAGCCGCCAGUUCCAGACCGACCUGGACACCCUGGGCCUGGGGCUCACUGGCGGGCGCGCCACCCCCGCCACCACCACCAACGUCAACGGGAACGCCGGUUCCGCCACCAACGCGGCGGCUACCACUACCACCGCAACCACUGCAGCGGGAGCCACGACGGCCAACACCACUGCAAGCGGAGGGGCGAGUAUCAGACCUGCCAGCGGCCUGUACUGCCUCCUACUGGCCACAGUUGUCUCUGCACUUUACCGCCUCCAGUAAUGAAUCAUCUUUUGCCAGGAGCACUGAAGGAAACCUAAACCAGUUUACAGCCCUGUUUAUAUGCACACGAUGGUGUUUUCUCAGAACGCUGCCAACAUAUGGAAGAUACAAAUGGAAUGUGAUCUCAGCAACGCUUUACUGGAACACUGCUUCAUAAGACUGACAUAGCCCUGUCAUAAAGGCAUUACGUCAGAUACAGUACAAUGGAUUCCUGUUUUCCUGUUAGUCAUUUUGACUGCUCAUGUCUAAUGAUUUGACAGCGUCAUGUUACCACAUAGUCAUAACGGCUUAUUUACUUACUUAGUUACUUAUUUACUUGCUUACUACUUACUACUUAAUGUUUAUUUUGAUAGGGACAGGUUCAAUAUAUUUAGAGAAUUGCACACAAUUAUUAAAUGCAACACAUUAUAGCAUAGCUAUUGCUUAUUUCCAGUGUCUGUCCACAGAAGGGCCUUUAAAAUAACAAAAACAGAACAUCAGAAUUAGACUAUGAAAUGUGUUUCAUUUUAGUUGACCUUACGUAGCAUUCAAGAGUGCUGAAGGAAAUCUACGCUAGUUUUAUGAUCAUAUUUAUGACAUUUAUGGAAUAUGAUAUUACAUUGUUAUUAUCACUACAUUGGUCACCAUUGACUUCUGACGACACAAGGCAUCUGCAGUGACUGGUUUAUGUGGGUCUUUUGAAGCAGGGCUCAAUUUUUUUUUAAAACCCUUUUUAAAUGUAAUUGUCUCAGGUUGUCAGUUCAAGUGCUGUCACUUUCAAUAUUGGACUGCACUCUUAAUUGAUGUCUUUUAUUUUAUGCACUCCAAUUAAUAUAAAAAAUAACCUGUACUUAGUCAGCAGGAUGUGAUUCAACGUCAGAAUAAAAUGAUAAUCAUGUUUCCCUCUCCUCAUA